AUGGCACUACCGGUGGCUGCCGCGUUACAUUUGAAUUCUCCAUCCAGCCCGCUGGCUCUCCUGGAGCCCAGUAUUCACAUCCGAGAACAAGACACCGAUUUGGGAAGCUACGAUGGAGAAAGUGACAUUCUGCCUUUACAUUCUGCCUGGACCUUCUGGCUUGAUAGAUCUCUUCCAGGUGCUACAGCAGCUGAAUGUGAGUCCAACCUGAAGAAAAUCUACACCGUUGAGACAGUCCAGAACUUUUGGAGAGUUUAUAACAACAUACCCAAUGUGGCCAUCUUGCCACUGAGGUGCAGCUAUCAUCUGAUGAGAGGUGAAAGAAAACCACUCUGGGAGGAAGAAAGUAAUGCGAAAGGAGGUGUUUGGAGGUUGAAAAUACCAAAAGAGUGCACAUCUGCUGUGUGGAAGGAAUUGCUACUGGCCACCAUCGGGGAGCAGUUCAGUGAUUAUUGUGCCGCAGAAGAUGAAGUGGUCGGUGUCAGCGUCAGUGUAAGAGACAGAGAAGAUGUUGUUCAGGUGUGGAAUGGAAACGCAUCCUGCGCUGAUGAUUCUAAAAUUGUCGGGAGGAUCCAUGAGCUCCUUCCGGAAACGCCAUUUAAAGCAGUGUUUUACAAACCUCAUAAGGAUCAUCAUGCUUUUGAAGGAGGUCGAGCAUGAUGUUAGCACGUUUUGCACUUUAAAGCACAGCUCGCACCAUAAUAUGUAGGCACAUUUUGAAAGAGCUCACGUUUAAUCUCAACAUACUCGACUCAAAAUGUAGCCGUUAUAUUAUGGCAAGGAAAUUCCUUUUGUUUUUCGGAACUAGUCAUUCUUCUACUGUAUUUGAAACAGUUUUGCUUGUUUUUUAUUCUUACUAACUUGUGCACACAAAAUAUAACAGGUUAUGUACAGAUGUGUCAUUUUGAUCUAUUAUAGUAUUCUUUUCAGUUCCCGGAACACAAACACAUGGUCUUUAACUGAGUUCAUCUUUAGAAUGACACGUCUUUUUACUCUUUGUACAUAACGGCCAAAAUUAAGUUCCCUAAAGCACACUUUUGCAAACUUUAAUGAGCCAAUGCACCUAUUUUACAUAAACAUUUCACGGCACACCACCAAACAAAAAUAUUGAAAUAAUGAUGCUCUUGUCUCAAUUUAUCUUACUGUGUGUGAAAUGUUGCUGGUUAAUUGAACACAAAACUGAUGUCGGAAGCCAUGACUUAAUUGUGUUUGUAGCAACUCCAAAUAGCCUUUUUGCGUUUGAGACCAAUACGUUGGGUCCUUUACCUCUCAGAAGAGCUGCUUGUCAUAAUUGAGAAAUUGAAGCACACUGAAUGCGGUUCAAUGACUGACUAGAAACAGUGGCUUGCGCUGUUACACACACACACUGAAUGGAUUCAUAUUUACACUGUAUGGUACAUGGAGACUAUCAUAGUAUAGUGUAGCGUACCACUGCUAAGCAGUCAAACAAAUGACUUACCGACAUCCACUCUCCAUCUUACUAUUGGUAAGAUAGUAAUGCAUUUGCCAUUUAUGUCAUGUGACCCAAGCAGCAGCACAUUAAGACACUGUAUCCAGGUCAAGUUUAUUGUAGCUUUGUAGCUUCUCCCAGCUGAUGUAAAAGACAUCUCAUUGUUCUGCCUUUCACUAUUUUACUGCGCGCAUGGUGACCUGGUUUAGAAUAACAGCCCUAGACUAAAGGCAGUUGAUAUAUGUUUAUUUAAUUUUCUUUAAGCCCCAAACUAAUGACAGACUUUGCCAGGCUAGGUUAAAAUUUUCUUACCCUUAUGUUUUCACUGAAGUAAUUCAAUUAAAAGAGCGUGUUCAUGGAAAACCCGCCUGCACGUCUGCAGUCGACCUUUCACUUCAAGACUUCUGACCUUUGUAACUGUUGAUCUUGGACAGUGCCUUGUGUUUGCCAGCAAACAAUAUGUUUUGCGUGUGUUUGUUUGACUUUGUUUAAAAUAAACCUGCUAAAAAUUGUCAA